ACAUGAGUGACAGUCAGAAAGGAAGACAAAAGUAGAUAGAUAGAUAGAUAGAUAGAUAGAUAGAUAGAUAGAUAGAUAGAUAGAAAGUGUUUUAUAGGACACGACACUGUUUGGUGCAGUCUGGAGGAAGUUUCAGCAGUGGAGACGCAGGUGCACGUGGAGGCGCGCGGAAUCGGCGCACGUGCCUGGGCGCCCAGUUGAACGGCAGGCAACUCAGCGAGGCGGAGGAACGCGUGCGACGCCAUUUGCUGCUUUUGCUACGAAUCGAAGGGAAGCGCGCGGCGACUGUCUCUCCGGCAGCGCGUGCACACAUAGUGUAUAUCUAUCUCAGACAGAAAUGCGCGCUUCGAAACGGCAUCACGGAUAAACUCUAGAAGACACCCACUGUCUUCCUGAAAUUGUGACCAUGAGCCCUUCCUGUUUUAUUUUGUUUGCCUUCAUCCUCUUCAGCAGCUUGCUGGAAGAGCCACUGCUGAGUGCUGAGGUGAAGGAGGGAGAGAUUCUUCCUCCUACUAUCCAGAAGCUGAUGAAAGGAUAUAAUAAGUACCUGAGGCCUUUCUUUGACAAUGGCCCUGUCACAGUGGGGAUGAGUUUGGACAUUGCCAGUAUUGACACAAUAUCAGAGAUCAACAUGGAUUACACUGCCACCAUCUUCCUGCGGCAGCGCUGGACAGACGAGAGGCUGGUAUUUGAAGGCAAUAAAAGCUUGAGUCUGGAUGGGCGUCUAGUGGAGCUGCUCUGGGUUCCUGAUACCUUCAUUGUGGAUUCCAAGAAGUCCUUCCUGCAUGAUAUCACAGUGGAAAAUCGGCUGAUCCGAAUCUUCCCCAAUGGGACUGUGCUAUAUGCCCUUCGGAUCACCACUACUGUGGCCUGCAACAUGGACCUGACUAAAUACCCUAUGGAUAAACAGACAUGCACCCUACAACUGGAAAGCUGGGGUUAUAAUGUCAACGAUGUGAUGUUUUACUGGGCAAGAGGCAAUGAUUCAGUCAGUGGGUUGGACACUCUGCGUCUGGCCCAGUACACAGUAGAAGAUCAUUACACUUCUGCCUCAGAGGCUGUUUAUGAGACAGGUAAUUAUCCUAAACUCAUAUUUCACUUUGAGCUGAAGAGAAGCAUUCUAUACUUUAUUUUGGAAACAUACGUGCCCUCCAGUCUGCUAGUCGUGCUAUCCUGGGUGUCCUUCUGGAUCAGCCAGUCAUCAGUGCCUGCUCGCAUAUGUAUAGGAGUUACGACAGUGUUAACGAUGACCACACUGAUGAUGGGUGCAAGGACGUCUCUACCCAACGCUAACUGCUUUAUCAAAGCAAUAGACGUGUAUUUGGGAAUCUGUUUUAGUUUCAUCUUUGGAGCAUUGAUCGAAUACGCUGUUGCUCACUUCUGCACAUUUAACCACCCAGAGUGUAAUAGUGCGUUUACGCAUGUGCAGGACUGUGAAGAGGAGAUCAACGGCAUUGUCACUACUAUUGCCAGCGAUUCCAGCCGAACAAAGCGCCGUAAGGACUCUCCAACCCCUGCUCCCACAUCAACUCCUAGCAGAGAGCCUGACCUCAUGCCCCAAACCCCUUCUCACCCAGAUCCUAGGAACCCAGAAGCCCUGGAGGAUCCACUUAACCGCUGCAUCAAAAACCUGUCCCUCAUACGACAGAUGAUCCGUUCUGUGAACUGCUGUCAUGUGGAGAAUCCACAUUACAUAGACAACUACUCUCGUGUGACAUUUCCCCUUUCCUUUGUUGUAGUCAACCUACUCUACUGGACUUAUUAUCUAUACUUUUAAUCCAUUGAGUGUUUGAUGGGAGAUACUAUGAAAGAGGGAGCACCUAAUGUGUGACUGAGCAUGAAGCCAUUCCAGUUUCUGUGUAGGUUUAAGUUUUUCUUUAGGUUGUAUGAAAAAUAAGAGUGGAAGUAACAGCGUAUGCAUGAUGGUGUGAGUGUGAGUGUUUUUAUUUUGAAUUUUUUAUCUGCUAUUAACCAAUUUGCGGAUUAUGUUUACAAUUCUUUUCUGGACACCGCUGCAGAUGUAACAUGCUACAAUGAUGCAAUAACAUGUUAAGGAAAAUGGCUGAUUAAGAUUAAGACAUAGAGAUGUCAUAUGGAUUCAUCUGCAAUGCAGCUGUUCCACUAUUUCUAACAAGCAGGGAUAUAAAAUAAUGGUAAAAAUAAUAAAACAUCACCUACUGUAUGUCAGUGAACUAGGUGAAUCAAUGGAUUAAAACAUGCACUUGUUACUUACACUUGAACAAUCUGCAGAAAGGUUUGGAUUUAUAAGCAACAAGUAAAAUAUAAACACACAAUGUUGAAUAUAAUAAUAAUCAUAAUAAUAAUAAUUAUAAUAUUAAUUAUCUAAAACUUUAAUGAAAACUAUUAAGAGUUAGUAAACUGACUCUUCUUUGUAGAUCUGGGCAACAGUGUACAGACAUUGAGGAUUUUUGAUGAAAUCCAAACUAACUAAGGAGAAACUUCAUUUUUGAAAACCCACGACUUUCCUCUUAAGAAAAAGUUUCUUUGUUCUUUAUUUGCAUUUGGUCUGAAUACUAAGAAAACAGGAAUGCAUAGUUUUCCAGUACCGCUGUAGCAUGCAGUCAACAAUCUUAACUACUACAGCUAAUCCACAGUUGUGUGCCCUUUUGCUAAUGAUUUUUCUUUAUAUAUCUGAGCAUUGACAUUUUAUAGUACUGUCCUCAAGUACCACACACAUACACAUAAUGCAUUCUUUCUCUUCUCGUCCAUGCGUUACCAUGUUUCCAGUUAUUGGCUCUGCCAGCCAAGGGCUUUGCUCUUUGAGUUAGUAAGCCAGCUAAGUUGCUGCUAGGUGCUGCAGGGGGCAAACCAAAGCUAUUGCUAUUUUUUAUUGCCUCAGCAAAUUUUCCUGUCCCAGGCUCCCUUCUUUUCUCACUCAUUAUCUCUCAGUGCAAGCCAGUGUAAAUGAUUUUAUAUGAUUUGCUAUUAAAUUAUUAAUUAUGUAUUCCUUUUUACAAGCAGGAAAGUGCCAUGAUCAUGUCUGGUUGCAGAGAAACUGUAUAAACAGGAUCUUGGGGAUCACCAUGCUGUAUCCUGUGUACACUUGACAAGUGACUGCUUGGACAGUUAGGGACAGUUUAUGUUUAUAAAUCACCUUUAUUCUUUACCAUGCUGUGUAAUUUUGUAAAAUAACAAUUAAUUUGUGGCACAGUGUGAUAUACGACCUGAGACCAGCCUUGUGUGAUUAUUUUGUAAACAAUCGAAUAUAUCUAAUUAAUGCACGCUGCUUCAUUGGGGUAAUACUGAAAAGAAAAAAAAAAAAAAAAGACUUAAAAAUGCAACAUUCUCACUUUUUAGCAGACAUUUGAUGUCCUCAAUUGCAUCGAUUUUUUUUUUUACAGAUGGAUCUCCCCGCACAGAUUCUUCUUUUUGUCCUAGGCAGAGAUUGACUCUCAAAUGUGGCACCCUGCCGUGAGAAACAUUUAGUCUUUUUAGAACUUUAAGCUUUACCUAAAAGCCAUAAAAAAGGCCAUAUUGAUUCAAUGAAAUUACACAUUAGAUAAAAGAGGAUGACUGACUAAAGAAGUGGCAGGUGUUCACUUUAUUAAGAUUAAAGGCCAGCACAGCAGGCAUAAUACAUUUCAAUCAGCUUCUACAAAGCUCACCAUCCAGGUAGAAGCUUUCAUCUGGCAUUUUUUUUCCCCUCGUUUUCUUUUUUAGAUGUGUUAUAUUUUGUAUUGUAAUUAAUGCAUGUUUUUUCGUUCCUGGCUAUACACAAUACAUAACUAUAUAUUGUGUUAUGCCACAUAAUUUAUGUUUAUUAAUGACUUUUUAAUUUUCAUUUUAAACUGUAAACUUUUGUAAAAGGACAAAAUAUCUACUGUAGGAACUUCGUGCUACAUAAUGUGCAAAUAAGAUUUAACUUUUAUGUCUACCUGGGCAUAUUCUAAUAAAUGUUUCAUAAGAUAACCAGAAACAUGGAAACAUUUUUGGCUUUAUAUAUAUAUAUAUAUAUAUAUAUAUAUAUAUAUAUAUAUAUAUAUAUAUAUAUAUAUAUAUAUAUAUAUAUAAUCUUACAAUUUCUACUCAUUCACAAUCUUUUGAAAUGAUUUAAUUUUCUGACUUUACAAUCUAGUAUGAUUAUGAACUUUUUGUUUAUAAACUGAUAAUAAGGAAAAUCCUGACAAGUCUCAGUUAUGUGAAAAUUUUGGCUUAAAGCAUGUUUUGAUUUCUGUUGAAAGUUUCUCUUUUUAUCUCAAAAUAAUGAUUUAAUAAUUACAAAAUAUGUCAAUUUAUUUUAUUAUUUUAGAACAAGAUAUGUUGAAUGUAUUUUUUAAAAGCAUUUGUUGAUCUAUAGGAACUAGCCCAGGAACUUUGAUCCCUUUUUUAGAAUUCUGAGAUUUAAAAUAAGAAUAUUCAGAUAAUAUUUCAGAAUUCCUGCCAAAAUUCUAAGUAAAUAUAUUCUGACAUAUUUCUUUCCAGAAAUAAAG